UGCUGGGAUGCCAUGGACCUGUAAUGCAGAGCUUUGGGGACCUUUUCACCUACAAGCACUUCAAAAUGAAUGAAAACCCUGUUCACCACGAGGGAGCCUCCUCUCUUAGCGUGGUGACGUCGGACGCACGUUACGUACAGCGGGACGCACGCUUUGGUUGAGUCCAGGAGCGCCAUUGAAUCCGAGAACAGAGGUAGAUAUGUUUCAUGCUUUCAUGUGAAUACAGAAGAGUAACGGUCCUCCUCUGCGGCAGCUAAGUUGUCCGCACUGACGGUGUGGUCCUGGCCCCAGUGACCCAGCAUGUAUCGUCCCAAGCCGACCCUGAAGGACCGGCAGCACCUGUACAAGCUCAUCAUCAGCCAGCUCCUCUACGAUGGCUACACCAGCAUCGCCAACAGUCUCAUCAGCGAGGUGAAGCCCCCGAGCGUCGUGUCGCCCUCUGAGCAGCUGAUGCAGCUGGCGAAGACAGGGAUGGAGAAUGACGACAGUGCGGUUCAGUAUGCCAUCGGGCGCUCAGAUACAGUGGCACCAGGAGUAGGCAUCGAUAUGGAAUUCGAUGCUGACAUGCAGUCAAUGUCUCCAGAGGCAUCAGAGUAUGAGACCUGCUAUGUAACAUCUCAUAAGGGUCCCUGCCGGGUCGCCACCUACAGCCGCGAUGGCCAGCUGAUUGCCACGGGCUCUGCUGAUGCCUCCAUCAAGAUCCUGGAUACCGAGCGCAUGCUGGCCAAGAGUGCCAUGCCCAUUGAGGUGAUGAUGAAUGAGACAGCUCAGCAAAACAUGGAGAAUCACCCCGUGAUUCGGACACUGUACGACCACGUUGAUGAAGUCACCUGUCUCGCCUUCCAUCCGAGUGAACAGAUUCUGGCUUCCGGCUCAAGAGAUUACACCCUCAAACUGUUUGACUACUCGAAGCCCUCAGCAAAAAGAGCGUUUAAAUAUAUACAGGAAGCAGAAAUGUUGCGCUCAAUCUCCUUCCACCCAUCAGGUGACUUCCUGCUGGUGGGAACGCAGCACCCCACCCUCCGCCUCUAUGAUGUCAACACCUUCCAGUGCUUUGUGUCCUGUAACCCGCUGGACCAGCACACAGACACCAUCAGCGGUGUCAGCUACAACCCCUCGGCCAACAGCUACGUCAGCUGCAGCAAGGAUGGCAGCAUCAAGCUCUGGGAUGGUGUCUCCAACCGCUGCGUGACCACCUUCGACAAGGCCCACGAUGGCGCGGAGGUUUGCUCUGCCAUCUUCUCCAAGAACUCCAAAUACAUCCUGUCCAGUGGCAAAGACUCCGUGGUGAAGCUGUGGGAGAUCUCUGCAGGCCGGACGCUGGUCAAGUACACAGGUGCAGGUUUGAGCGGACGUCAGAUGCAUCGCACGCAGGGCGUGUUCAACCACACGGAGGACUACGUGUUGCUGCCUGACGAGCGCACCAUCAGCCUGUGCUGCUGGGACUCACGCACGGCUGAGAGGAAAAACCUGCUGUCUCUGGGACACAACAACAUCGUGCGCUGCAUCGUCCACUCGCCCACCAAUCCCGGCUUCAUGACCUGUAGCGAUGACUUCAGGGCUCGUUUCUGGUACCGCCGCACCACCACAGACUGAGACUUCCAUGUUUCCACGUUACUGAUGUUCCUCCCCAUUUCAUACUCCCACCUGAACAGAGACCCGAUCAGGAUGUUGGACUCUUCUGCAGAAUUCAUAACAACUUUCUGUUGAUCUAUGUCAUCUUACAUUUUGAUUUCAUUUGAAACUGCAGUGGAGUUUUGGCGACAGAUCUUUAUUAAACAGUUGUAAUGUUCAUCUGAAGUGAUAGUCAGUUGCCUGGAUGUGCACUGAGACAGGAUUUGCUUUAAUGAAUUCUACACUAAAAAGAGCACGCCCACUUGAUUUGAUGAAUCCAUUUAGACUUUGGAAUAUAAUUUUUAAGAAUCUAUUGGCAUAUUUCCUAUUUUUAUUAAAGAGUGUGACCUUUCAUUUUGAGAGCAUGUCUUAUCAAUGACAUUUUGUAUUGCUCUCACUCAAAACCACUCAUUAGCACUCAAAUAUACCUUGCUUGUGUUUAGAUUUCAUGCACUCCAGCUUCAGCUCUUCUCCCCAUGCUCAUGUUUCUGCAGCAUAUGGAACGUCUGCUCCCAGAUUCUUUUUCUGCUUUGAUUAUUUAUUAUAAUUUUUUUGUGCAACCUGUCUGUCAAAAUACCCAUCCAGUAGAAGGCCAGGUGUAGUGAUGACAAUCGAUGUUUGUUGGUGCUGUUCCCAUAAAAUACAGAGGGAAAGAAACAGGGCAGCAUCUAUUUUGAUUUCAUGGUUGGCAGCAGCAGUUUUCCCAUAUUGUAAAAACUUAAGCUUCUUGAUUUUGCUACUCCUCACUGACCAGGGAUCUGCUGGAUUGGUAAUUUGUCUUCAAGCACACUGAUGGGAAGCCAGUGUUGUGAUAAAGCUGUGGAGGGCGUGAGUGCAUUAACUUGGUUAAACGUACUACCUGUACAGGACUCUCAAUGACAUAAAGCUAACACAUCCAUAACGAGGGUGAGACAAUUUCACUCAACACUACACCCAGUAUUCCAUUGGUUGUGAAAUUUUGACGCAUGAAAAAUCAGAGAGCAGAGGAGAAAUCUGAGAUGUUUGAGCACACAGAAGCACGGUGAGCGUGAGAAGAGCUGGAGCUGGAGCGCAGGAAAUCUAAGCACAAACAGGGUAUAUUUUGAGUGCGAGUGCAGGGUUUAGAGUGAAAGCAUUACAAAAGCUAAAUGUGAAAUCAGUGCUCUCAAACUGUAAGACCACACUCACAGAGGAAAAAACCUCCAUAAGAAUCACAAUGUACAUUACCUGCUGAUGUUUUUCCCUGUGACUGUAAGGCCAGCAGGAAGAUGAAGAAUGAUUAGAACAAGAAAUACCUGUUUCUGUUCCGUAUGGGGACCUGACUGUUUUAAGUCGAAUUUGAGUGUGUAAAGUGAAUGGAAACACCUUGUGAAUGAUGCACUGAGCUUUAGUCUGACUUCACUUUGUGGAAACUUCAUGUGUAACCCGCAUAUCUCAAACGUUUAUGUCGUCAUUUUGACCACAGAGCUGGGUUGUUAUCUUUUCCACUUUUAUACAAUGUCCUUGAUUUUUCUUUUUAUUAAACUAUUAAAACAAGAA